AACAAAUCCUUUUUCAGUUCUCACUCUCUAGUCUCUACCCUUUCUUUUAUCCCCCACCCUCCCAACAAAUAUUUUUUGUCUCUUUCCUAAUAUCCCCACCCUCCGAAGUCUCCUCAGCACCUGCUAAAUCCAAGAUACCAAUAUUCCACCCAUACUACCAGACAAGGACAACUCAAAAUGUCCUCGGAAACCGGUGACCCACGGCCGGCGAGGCUGUCAACCAUGGCAACGAGGCCAUCGGAGCCUGAGCACCUCCCAUGCCCCCGGUGCGACUCCACCAACACCAAGUUCUGUUACUACAACAACUACAACCUCUCUCAGCCCCGCCACUUCUGCAAAUCUUGCCGCCGUUACUGGACUCGCGGCGGAACCCUCCGCAACGUCCCCGUCGGCGGUGGCUCCCGCAAGUCUUCUUCCUCAUCCUCCUCCUCUAGCUCCUCUUCCAACAAACGUCCCCGCACCACAUCCGGCACUAACAGUCCAACCGCCACCACUCCCACUGCGUCGUCUUCUUCUGAUAGUAUGGCCCAGGCCCACCAUCAUGAGCCGCCCCUGCAUGCGAACCCGGUAGCCAUGCUUCCCCAAAUGGGCUUAAUGGGCUGCGAGGUGAACCUGAAUGAGGCCGUCCCAGAGGCUUCCAGCUUCAGUACUCUGCUGACCACCACGCCGGGCAACAUGUUUCCAUUUGGAGGUGGAUACGGGCUCGGGCCGGGCCUGCAUGGUUUGGGAUUCGGGCUUGGGGGGAUGGACUGGCCCAUGGAGUCAGUCGUAGCUGGUCAAGGGAAUGGCGGCGGCGUGGGCGGAGCUGGAGUUGGAGUGGGAGGAGGGGAUGGGAUAAGUGAUGGUUCGGGCGCAGGGGGUUCUUCUUCAUCAGGAUGUAACAACACGUGGCAGAUGGGCAGUGGGGUUGAAGGCGGUUUAGCGGAGGGUGAUUGCUUUGGUUGGCCGGACCUGGCAAUAUCAAUGCCAGGCAAGGGUCUCAAGUGAAAAGUAAACCACUUACUUUGUUUAGUCUUUCGAGAGAAUGGACAAAAGAUAGGCUUUUUGUUGUAUUUUGUUUUUUUUCGGCCUUGGAGGAUCGAGUGGACUUACUUUUUGUUACUUGGCUUGUCGGUUCUUCUCCUCUCUCUCUCUCAGUAUGGCUUUUUUGUUUGCGCCUUUGCGGUAGCUUAUGUAGCCUAGGAAUACACGUACUGAUUACUUAGUGCUCCGGUAGUUAAAUAUGUACUAUUAGUAUAUGAUCUGCCUAUAUGGAUUUGAUGAUGAUCAGGAUUUUGGCAUUCGGCAAGCCACACAUUUCUGUCUUGGGCUUUGCUUUGUUUGAUAUAUUAACAAAAGGGUUUCUUGUA